AUGCCACUGAUUCAUGAUACGAAACAGUUAGUGGCCAUCUACAUUUUUUGUGGAAACAAAGUGUGGCAUGAAGAAUGGGCAAAGAAAUGGAGCAAGAUUCAAGGUGUCUUCACCGAAAUUGAGCCAAUAUGCGAUUCGAUGAAAGCGCUACCAAUCGACAGCAUAUCAACAGAAGAUAAUGACAAUUUAAUAAAAACAAUCGAACCAAAAAAAAGCGAUACAACAAAAUCUGAUUCUUCAAAUCUUGACUCAUCAAAAUAUGCAGGCGAAACUGUAAAUCCACCUGCAACGGUUAUCAUUGACAAUCAAGACAAUCAACAAAGUUUAUGUGAAGAAAGCCGUGCUCAAGAGCAAGAAUAUGGUGAUGAAGCGAAGAUUGACUAUAAAGAACAUGAAAAUGAAACGAAAUAUGGCGUUACAGAGCAUGAAAAUGAACCGAAAGUUGACGAGACUGAACAUGGAAAUAAAGCGAAGGUUGACGAUAAAGAAGAUGAAAAUGAAACGAAAGUAGGCGUUACAGAGCAUGCCAAUGAAGCGAAAAUUGAAGAUACCGAACACGAAAAUGAAGCAAAAGCUGACGAUAAAGAACAUGGAAAUGAAGCGAAGGUGGACGAUACAGAACAUAAAAGUGAAGCGAAGAUUGACGAUACCGAACAUGGAAUUGAAGCGAAAGUUGAAGGUGCAGAACAUGGAAUUGAAGCGAAAGUUGAAGGUGCAGAACAUACUAAUGAAGCGAAAGUUGAAGGUACAGAAUGUGAUAACGAAGCAGACGUACAAGAGGAUCAAUCAAGUAAACAUCAAGAAUUUGAUGAUCUCAAUAACUGUAAGAAACUGCGUUGUGAAGGUCGUCCUUGUGCAAAAUGUCAUAUGUGUCGUGAUUGGCAUUUCACCGGAGAUCAAGACACAUGGACAUGGAUCACCAAUUGCAAGAAUCGGACAGACGAUGAAUGGAAGCGUUUUAUCGAUGAUGGUAUUUACAAGAAUUUUACGAAACGGGAUGGUGCUACCUGCUAUCUUCGUCUUGCUCUUCUUCGUGAUAAUUUGUGUGUUUGUGAACUACAUUAA